AUGGCUACACCACGGCUGGAAGACCUCUUAGCUGAGGCCAUCCCCAAAGGCGUCCAGAUCAACGUACGUCACGUCUCCACGACGCCAACCCGCUGCGAAGCCAUCUUCUCCGCGCCGCCUGGCCAGGUCCCCGAAAUCACAUUUUGUGAAUCACAUUUUUUAAUCGUGACCAUCAACAAGAAUCAAGAUGGAGAAAAGGAUGUUGUUGAUGAUGAGAUUGUGAUCUUGGGUGUUGAGGUCUACAUUUAUACGACUGAUCGACUUACGACGUUGUUUGUUUCAAAGGCUGAUUCUACUGGAUACGUGCAUUUAUCAAAAGCAUCGGCAGAAGCAACAACUCCAAGAUAUUCAUUGCUGAGAUUAUUGACUACUACUUUUAUAUCGUUUCUGGCACAAUCAUAUCAAAGACCGGGAGUUCGGUUGGUUCUCUCGCUGUUUGCGCGAGCGCAGAAUCAAUAUCUUUUUCCUGGCAGUGCGGAUAAUGAACGGAAACAUGUCUUGGAUGAUAGAGGGUUGAUUAAAUGGUGGUGUCGGGCUGCUGAUCCUAUUCUUCGCGAGCAUGCUCCCGAAUCUCGACAACAGCAACAGCAGGGAAAUGAGAAAAACAUAAUUGAGAAUAACGCGGAGAGCACGAAAAGUUCAGCGACUGCGUAUCUACUUGUUCCGGGAUGUGAUGAGUACGAAACUCGUGCCUUUUUCCCGCCUACAGCGAGGACUGAUGACAAUCAGCUUCAUCCCAGAUGGCGGGUAUCGUAUCCCCUGAGCCAGAUAUGUGGUCAUCCAGAUGCACCGCCUCGAUGUCUAGUACCGCGAUUUCCAGAUGAUCCAAAGGCACGUUUCCUUAGCGAUCUAGACGAUGAGUUGCCUAAGAAUUCACACGGUGAUUCUGAGACAAACAACCAGCCCGGUCAUUGGCGAAGUGUUAGGUCUCUGGAUCAGUUCUGGGAGAUGAUGUCCUUUCGACAGGAGUGUUCUGCAGGUAGACUCGUGGGGUUUUUGUGGCUGGUUAUCAAUCCUCCUGGAUUACUCAGUUCGGAUAAACUAGUAAACCAGGGUGAAGCAAGCGAGACUGUUGAGAAAAAAGAGAUACAAACAGGAGAUAAAGAUCUUGCUCCUGCUACAACUGCCACAGAAGCAAAAUUCGACAACAGGUCUUUAUCAGCUCUACAGCAUGAAGACACCCAACCAUCUACUACAAAGUCAUCUACAAGCGGAGACGUUACCGGCCGCAGUGCUUUCUUUUGGCCUGAAAUAGGCAGAGGAGAAACCAUAUUGAGCGAAACCGAUUACAAAGUUGCCAACGACAUCCUACUUGAACAAGACUUCGAGACUGAAGAACUCGCUAUGAGGGGCACAAUGGCUUGGAUCCGGAAAGUGGCAUCAGUUUCAGAUGUUCUCUGGUGGGGGAUUAAGGUUACUGGCAAGAAGAAACUUAUCGAGCCAACACAGCCAUCAGUCCAGACACAGACGAUCACUCCAGGACUUAUCGUUCGAAAACGGAAGAAGGAUGCGCAGGAAGCUACAUCGACAACUACAACUACCAGCGUGGGGGCUGAGAGAGUCGACGCAGACAAACCCUUGUUGGAAACGUCUAAUGAAACCGGGGUCAAUGUUUUGAAUGCCAGUUUCGCGGGAAAAGGGAGAACCGAAGCAUCCGAAAUCACAUCCAGCGCAGAAAGUGAAACUCCCAAAAUCAUCCCAGGGUUUCUGCCGUCCGGUCCGCGAGAUCCACUCUUGACCAACGGAACAGCUUCAAAUCCGCUGAGCUCCUCCGUUGUCUUCCAACGCGCGACGACCGGAAGUUCAACAACAAUUGGCUUUGACGUGCCAUGGCUGAUUGAAGCUUUCGGAUGGGUUUCCAUUGGGUGGUAUCUGCUGGUUGUGGUUGUGUGUGCAUUGGGGUAUUUGCAGAUAUGGCGGCUCUAUUCAAAUGCGCCACCUAAAUCCCAAUCUUCCAGGUCGUCUGACGCCCCUCAUGUCACUACCAUCCGACCUGUAAAAGGCAUCGAGCCAUACCUCUACGAAUGCCUCGCGUCUACACUACGACAAGACUACCCACGCAACAAGCUGACGACGUGUAUAUGCGUUUCAACAAAAGCAGAUCCGGCAUUCCCCAUAUUAGAAAAAGUGGUCGAAGACUUCUCAGAUCAAUGCGAUGUGCGUAUAUACGUUGAAGAGGAAGAUCCCCUUCUUCAAGAAGAAAGUAUCUAUCCCAUGGGCCCAAAUCCGAAGAUCCGGAAUAUGAGUCGCGCAUAUCGAGAGGCGAAAGGCGAUAUUAUUUGGAUUAUCGACUGCAAUGUCUGGGUCGGCAGGGGGGUUUGUGGGCGAAUGGUUGACAAACUGUGCGGUUACGGACCUGGCAAUGGUGGAAAACGAUACAAAUUUGUACAUCACCUCCCACUUGCAGUCAAUGUCGACCCGGAGGAUGCGUUGAUGGGUGAAACUAAACCCUUGCUAUCGAACGUGAAUGGUGUUUACAACACAUCCAGUACAAGCAGGACCCAGUCUAUACUCAACGAAGGAGGAGGACGUCUCGAAGAGCUUUUCCUCUCUUCGUCUCAUGCAAAAAUGUAUACCGCAAUCAACACUGUGUCUAUCGCGCCCUGUAUAGUGGGGAAAUCGAACAUGUUUCGAAAAUCGCAUCUCAAUGAUCUUACUGAGAGCCCAGAUGAAGCUCCAGUCAGAGGUCCGGUGCGCAAUCCAGGUAUUGAUUGGGUUUCUGACCAAUUAUGUGAAGAUCAUAUCAUCGGCGACUGGCUGUGGAGGAAUAAGGUGAGAGAAGAGAAGGAACAAAUGAAACGACUUAGCAAGCACGGUAUGGUUUUUGGGGACUACGCCUUUCAGCCGGUUGCCAACAUGAGUGUCAAGGCAUAUAUUGCACGACGAGUUCGCUGGCUGCGCGUACGCAAGUAUACUGUUCUAGCAGCCACGCUGGUCGAACCGGGCACGGAAUCAAUCGUAUGCUCAUUAUAUGGCGCAUUCGGUAUGAGUACGGUAGUCGCUAUGCUCUUGGAGAACCGUGGCUUCGAGAUAGGUACAUAUCUUCAACAAUGGCCUACCUUCUUCCUGCUCUGGGCCACUAGCAUUUUCAUCUGGUGCAUGGUCGAUUGGACGUUAUACCUCAAACUCCAUUCCGGCGCCACAGUCGAAAUCGACGAGAACACGCCCCCAUUCGCAACACCAUUGAAAUCAUCAAAAAGUCCUUCUCGACGGCCGUUCCUCCACUGGCUCGCAGCAUGGAUCAUUCGUGAAUCCCUCGCGUUCCCGAUCUGGUUCUGGGCUGUUUAUGGCGGAUCGACGGUGACCUGGCGGAAUCGAUCUUUCCAGGUUUCUCUCUGGGAUACUAAAGCCCGUGAGGUUGAUGGGUCUGCAAGACCUGGUCUAUUGCCGAGUGUUCAUGAUUCGUCGUAUUCGAAUGGUAAUACGGCUCCUGUACGGAGUUCUUCGUCGUCAUCUUCUUCCUCUAUUACUGAGAGGAAUAAGAUCAGGAAAGAUUGA